AUGGACAUUUCAGAACUUUGUCUUCCAGACCCUCUCAGCUAUCAUAACCAGGCUUCGUUGUCCAAUUCAUUAGGGCGAUUACUCAGUCCACUGGCCACAUUGGAGCCCUCUCAUUUCUGGCUGCUGAAUAGAAUGGCCGCUGAUGACCGGCACCUGCCCUCCAGCUGCGGGUCUUACAUCAAGACGGAGCCGUCCAGCCCCUCCUCAGUCAUCGACACGGUCAGUCAUCACAGCCCCAGCGGCAACUCGGAUGCCAGCGGCGGCUAUGUCAGUGCCAUGAACAGCCACUCUAACGGCAUGGACUCACCACCCAUGUUCACUCCAGGUGGGCUCGGGGCCGGCACGUGCCGCAAGCGCUACGACGACUGCUCCAGCACCAUCAUGGAGGACUCGCCCAUAAAGUGCGAAUACAUGUUGAACUCCAUCCCCAAGAGGCUCUGCCUGGUCUGUGGAGACAUAGCCUCGGGGUAUCACUAUGGCGUGGCCUCAUGUGAGGCUUGCAAAGCCUUUUUUAAAAGGACAAUACAAGGCAACAUAGAAUACAGCUGUCCCGCCACAAACGAGUGUGAGAUUACAAAACGGAGACGCAAAUCCUGUCAAGCUUGUCGCUUCAUGAAAUGUCUCAAAGUGGGGAUGCUCAAGGAAGGCGUACGUCUGGAUCGAGUGCGAGGGGGCAGACAGAAGUACAAGAGGAGGCUGGACGCGGAGAACACUCCGUACUUGGGCUUGACGCUCCCCCCUCCCACCAAAAAGCCCCUCACAAAGAUAGUGUCUCACCUGUUGGUGGCGGAGCCAGAGAAGAUCUAUGCCAUGCCUGACCCCACUAUGCCGGAGAGCGACAUCAAGGCUUUGACCACACUAUGUGACCUGGCCGACCGCGAGCUGGUGGUUAUCAUCGGCUGGGCCAAACACAUCCCAGGCUUCUCCACCCUGUCUCUGGGGGACCAGAUGAGUCUACUGCAGAGCGCCUGGAUGGAGAUCCUGAUCCUCAGCAUCGUGUUCCGCUCGCUGCCCUACGAGGACGAGCUGGUGUAUGCUGAGGACUACAUCAUGGACGAGGAGCACUCGCGGCUGACGGGCCUGCUCGACCUCUACGUCUCCAUCCUCCAGCUGGUCCGCAAGUACAAGAAGCUCAAGGUGGAGAAGGAGGAGUUCGUCACGCUCAAGGCCAUCGCUCUUGCCAACUCAGACUCCAUGCACAUAGAGGACAUGGAGGCAGUCCAGAAGCUUCAGGAUGCUCUCCACGAGGCGCUGCAAGACUACGAGAGCAGCCAGCACCAGGAGGACCCACGGCGGGCGGGCAAGCUGCUCAUGACACUACCCCUGCUGCGGCAGACAGCCACCAAGGCCGUGCAGCACUUUUACAGCAUCAAGGUGCAGGGCAAGGUGCCCAUGCACAAACUCUUCCUAGAGAUGCUGGAGGCAAAGGUCUGA